UCUUUUAUUUUUAUUUAAAAAUACACCAUGGACGUAAAAGUUUUUCAUUGUUUAAUUGAUGCAUUGAACGUAGCCGGUUGUUGUAUAUAUAAUGACAGUAUACCAAUUUUGUACCAUUCGUUAAUUAAAUUACAAAGUGAAAAUCAUUUCAAUUCUGUAUACUUGUGGGGCCGUAUUGAAACAUCGUCCAUUGAUUAUUAUGUUGCUUAUGGUCACCAAAAGGAUCCAAUUGAGGAUAAGAUAUUUUUUUAUACUCAAAACAUGUUGGAAUGGGACAUAAUGCCAACCGAUUGGUCAACACUUCAAACAGAUAUGGUACGAAAAAUAAAAACCAAGUUUUACGGUAAUCCAAGAUAUGUGGAGAUUAUAGGUAACUCAAAUAAAAAGUCACAGGAAACAACAGAAUAUGCAAUAUCACCGAACGUAGAAUUGGUAUUUGGUGAAGAAGGCGAGGAAGAAGAUAAUAAUAAUGUAGACAGUUUAAAGUAUGAUGAUAUCGUAUCAGUCACUGAAGAAAUUAACGAAAUUGUGGAAGCGGAAUCUGCUCUUAUUGAUGAUCCUAAUUUAAAACUUUCAAUAAAAGAAGAGGAUAGACUAGCCAUAACCAUUAAAAUGAUUGAAAACGAAAGUCACAUAGUGCCACGAGGAUAUUUUUACAAGUUACCUAAUGGAACCAUAACCAAAGCUCCAUACUUUAAGGGUUUAGAUUAUUCUGAAAUAGGUAACGAAAAAAAUUUUUUACACAUAAAUCAACAAUAUUGUCAACCUAAAGGUCAAAAAAAUGACGUAAGACCAGAUUUCAAUGGAUCAAUUGAUUUUUUACAAUCAAUCGAUAAGGAUAUACCAAAAGGCUGUUGGGCUUCUCGGCUUUUCUCAGAUCGAUAUUUUAUUAUUCACAAUUUGCUAUGGCCAGGUGCUCUAUAUGUCCAAGAUAUGAAUACUGGUCUGCAUGGUUACUUCUACAACGGAUAUGGCCUAAAAAAUUUGGAUUUACCGUUUAUGAUCUAAUGUCAUAUCGUUUGUCAUAAGUAUAUUACAAUAUUUUUUGUAAAUAAUUUUAAUUACACAUUAGUUAGAGUAAUUAUAAUUUAUACAAUUUAUGGUAAUCUAUGAAUUAUUUGUGAUGUUAUUUGGGUUUCCGACUUUAAUAAUAAUAAUAACAUUAUUAUUAUUAAUUGGCCAUAGUUCAUGUAUAGUACUGGUUGUUGAAUCGAGUUAUCAGUGUCCACCCGGCACCCAGU